AUGAUAUACGAAAAGUGUUGUAUUGGUGGUUGCAAUACAACACGUGAAACGCACCGGCUUUUCAGAUUCCCUAGGAACGAUAAUUUAAGAAACUUGUGGAUGUCUUUCAUAGUGCCGACAAAUCCCCAGCUCAUUUUCGACAAUGAAGGCAGAAGACUUCGAUACUCUUACCCGUCCUUGCUUACUGGCAAUGAAAUAGCUCAUGGUGUGCCUCUGACUGCAACAGGAAUAGAAAUCUAA